UCGUGAAUGAGAAUGAACUGAUUCAACUGAUUGUGUGUUCCGUACGAGGGAUUCAUAACGUAGAGCGUCGAGAGCGAACGAUGUAUACGUGGAGGUUGUCCGGUUAUGCUCUUAGAAGAUUCAAUACUGGUUACGGCAACGGCACUAGUAAAUUAGCGCUCGUUCUGCAACACUGCGGUCCGAGGACGCAAGGUCGCGGCAAACUCGGCAGCUACCGCAGAAGGAUAAGUUCGUGGUUCCGAGAGCAGGGUACGCAGGCAGCUCAGGCCUGCAAGAAACAGUUUGAAUUUGUGGCGGCUCAGAGGAUCAGGAGGUACAUACAGAUAUUCCACCUCUAUACGAGGAUAUGGGAUGAGGUAGCACUAAGAGAAUUCAUGCGGCUGUGGAGACUUAGGCUUGCUAAGAAUGCCAAAAACUUCUUGAUAAGCGCUGCUGGAGUGAGCAUGUACAACUGGGAUCGCGACAGGAUAAGUGAUGAAGAAAUUAAUAGGUAUAAUCGUGAGAUUGAAGGAAUUUAUAGAUUAAGAGACUCUACAGUGGUUUGUACAAAGUGUCAUUUGCGAAUUGUUAUUGAUAUUAUACAGCCUGAUAUAAAAUAUUGUAAAUGUAGUGGAGUUCAGCCUUCUGAUGCUUCUGAUGAAAAUUUAGAUGGUUGGCAACCUUUCAUUGAGCGUCAGGAUAUGUUAAUAUGGAGGAAAGUAGAACCUGAUUCGGGUGGAUUGUUUGCCUAUAAAGUAUAUGGUUCAUUCUCUGACGUUACCGCUGAAGAUUUUUUACAAGUACAAAUCGAUGUAGAUUAUAGAAAGCAAUGGGAUCCCACUGCUCAGGAGUUACAGAUUAUUGAGACCGAUCCAAAGUUCAAAUCGUCUGUUAAUCAUAGCACUGAUGUUAUCCACUGGGAAAUGAUCUGGCCUAAAUUAUUUUCUAAUAGAGAUUAUGUAUAUCAACGACGAUGGAUCAUGGAUAGAGAAAAAGGACUUGUAGUUAUUGUCAGUCGAGUGACGGAACAUCCUAAUGUACCAGAAAGGCGAGGAAUUUAUAGAGUUAGAACAUAUUGGUCAUACAUGGUGAUAAAGCCUUAUACAGAAUUUCACGAACCAGGCAUUGAAUUUGGACUUACUUACUUUGACGAUCCUGGUGUCUCUGUACCAUCUGCUGUCACCGCAUGGGUAGCAUUGAGAGGUUUACCAGACUUUCUAAUUCGCAUGAGACAGGCUUCAAAGGAUUACCAAAAAUAUAAACUGAUGAAAAAAAAUGCACCUGACAGUAAUCAUUUUACUUUGUCUGAAGAAGACGUUUCCAAACAACAAAUCGAUGUAGAAGAUAAGUUAAAGAACAAUAAAAAAUCAAUGAGAGAUCAUAAAGAUCAACAAGACGAUUCUACUAACGAUACUAACAAGUUAGAUUUAACACACGAUGUACAGCAAGAAAAUGACUUGGCGGAAAGUGAAAAUAAGGAUACCAUUUCUACACCCAAAGAAGAGCAAGGUUUAUUACAUUAUUUCUAUCUUACGAAAUUAUUUGCAUUUUUGGAUUUUUGACAAAUGGAUUUAAUGAAGUAACUUUUGGCUAGUAGAUAUUUAAACGUGAUUUCGCAUGGAGGAAACAAUCUGCCGAUAAAGCUAUAGAAUGAACAGAUUCAUGGAUGUGCGGAACAAGUGACAUUUUAUUAACAUAUCUUGGCGAUAUAUGAUUUCAUAGAUACAUGAUUUCAUAGAUAAUAAGAAUGAAAUUGUGUGAAAAUAUGACAAUUGUUCAUCCUCUUUUUUUGGAAAAGUAUGUGUUCCUUUUUUAUAAAGAGAAGAAACAAAAAUAUUAAACAAGAAGUGAGACUGAUUAGGUAUGUCAUUGCCUUUAAUCCAUUUGUUAAUCAAAAAUUUGCAUUAUGUGUCGUAAGAUAAUGAACAAGAGCAAGCAAAAGGUAAUUUGAUUUUUACAUUACGGAAAGAUGAUAUGUGAGAAACUGCUUAAAUUUUAUAAUUUAUACAGUAUAAAGAUAUCUGUACAAAACAAAUUCAAUUAAUUGUAUAUCGAAACAUAAACGCAUAAGAUAUAUUUGUAUAUAUUUGUAUAAUAACUAAAAAAUAAGACUAAACUUUAGGGGUAUUCCUCAUAGAGGAUGAAUACAUAGUAUAUCAUUCAUUUCUUU